CGCCAUCGGUAGUGCUCGGCGAUGAUUGGCUAAACUUACGGGUUGUAGAGUCCGGCAAAGUGUCCGCUGAUAACUGAACUGAAGAGGAAGUACUUUUUAAAAUGGAAAUAUAACAAAUCCUACUUUAACUUUCUACAGCCGAGCAGAGGGAGAAGGCAGCCAUGCCCGCUCAACCCCCUGUGAGGGAGCCGGAGGAGGAGAUGGAGGCAGAGGGAGAGUCACAACUCCCUGAGGCCAACGGAGAGGUGGAGCAACCGAGAGAGAAUGAAAGAGGAGGAGAGGAGACCAUGGAAGAGAGCACGGAGGAGAGGGAGACUGACAUGGAGGAGAGUGAAGAGGAGGAUGAGGAGGAAGAGGAGAGUUCGGAGAUGGAUGAUGAAGACUGUGAGCGGAGGAGAGGAGAAUGUCUGGAUGAGAUGUUGGAUCUGGAAAAACAAUUUCAGGAUCUGAAAGAGAAGUUGUUUCGGGAGCGGCUGAACCAAGUGAAAGUGAAGCUGGACGAGGUGCUGACAGGGAAGGCUGGAGAAUACAAAGAACCACUGGCUGCGCUACAGAACAGCAUGCAGAUACGAACACAAGUGGCUGGAGUGUACAGAGAGCUGUGUCUACAGGUGAUCAAACACAAGCACGAGUGUGAACUACAGGGAGCAAAGCAGCACCUGGAGAGUGAGCGGGCACUGCUGUUUGAUGCCAUGAAGACAGAACUGCUGGAAAAGAUUAGAAGACUGGAGGAGGACAGACAGAAUACAGACCUCACCUCAGAGUGGAGUGAUGACACGAGGGGCAAGAAGUGUAAAAGAAAGAACCUGCUGGGUCGGUCGGAGAGGAAAAAGAAAGUAGCUCUGGUUUCAGGGCCUUUCAUUGUCUACAUGUUGAGAGACAUCGACAUCCUUGAAGACUGGUCUGCUAUCAAGAAGGCAAAAGCAGCGCUGUCGCCACUAAAAAAGAAGGUUGAAAAGCGGUGAUAAUAGGAGCAUCUUAUUGAAGACCAGCGGCAAAGAAACCAAACUUAACAAACACACAUUCCCAGCUACACCCACUUUAACAGUUAAGGCUUUGUCUCCUCGACUGAAACCCAGCAGACUGUUGUGUUGUGUUUUUUUCUGCGUCUCUGACCCCAGCAGCCAACCACCCCACUGCUUAUUUAUCUAUUGCUAUUUAAAAUAAGGUCUUAAUGAUAUGACAACCAUGUAUUUAUAGAAGGAUUUUUAAUAGUGAUUAAAAUUUUAACCUUUUGUGACACAA